UACAUGAUUCUAGUUAUGAAAUUGUGCUUUGAGAAUUGCACUAAAGCACACAGCAAUAAUAAUAUGGAUUUAUUCGCACCGAGUACCCCAGUGCGGUAGGUGGCGGUAUGUCUUAUGCCUUUCAUAACUCAGCCACGGAGGAAGAAAUAAAAAAAUUCGCGCGAUCUGGUGCGGGGAAAGGAGGCGGUGGGAAUACUGAGUGGCGAACAGAUCAGACAACUCAGAUGGCCAGCUGCAGUCCCUCUCGGAUGGAGGCGCGUAUCAGUGAACGCGCAGUUGGUCGCGACGACACGUAUGUCGUUUCACAGUGUUGCCCGGGCGUGGAGGAGGAGGAAGAGGACGGUGCGGCGGGCGGCGACGCUCCCGCGGUGUUUCUGUGCGCUCGGUGCCGCCGGCCCGUCGGUGACUCGCUGUCGUGGGCCGGGAGUGAUGAUGAGCGCAACCAGAUCCUGCUGAAGCGGGUUAACGACAACGUGGCGAUCGGUAAGGAGCCGUUCGUGUCCUCCACGCGUCACGAGCUCGGAUGCCUCGUCGUGAAUCUCACUUGCCGCGUCUGUGGCUGCGCACUCGGACUAAUAUACACAUCGACCCCAAAGGCCCUGGAUUACAAGAGGUCUCUCUUCUGCUUCAGCGUUGAAAACAUCGAGAGUUAUGUAUUAGGCUCCUGUGGCCAGCAGAUGGCAGCAGUGAACGCUGACGACAGACCUGUAACAUUAGAGUACCAAGAAGAGAUUGAGCAGCAAAUGACUAAGAUCAAAUCUCUGGCAGUGACUAUAGGACAGCGACUCUUGGAGAUCGAGGUUGACCUUCAGUGUAAGUCGGAAAACUAAGGUCUUUCUUCCCAUCGGUCAACCAGAAGAUCUCUCUUGCCCCACUUCCAUAUCGUAAAGGCCACAUCACUCUUCUCGAUGUUCCACUCAUACGUGAUGCUUUUUUCCUUCCAUCUGUGCGUGACUUGGUACUUAAUGAUGAGGCAUGUUUGAUUGAGCACUUUGAUAUGGAAAUAAGCAGGAAACAAGGACGGAGCUCCGCACGUUGGGAGCCAGGCAGCACACAGCUGCUCACACAGGGUCAUUCUUUGCACUGGGCCUGUUUUUCUCUUCCCCAAACUAAACUAAGAUGCUAAGAAUAGAAGGUCGAUCUCACAGCUUGUCCUUUCUUAUUGGAAUGUGUGUGUGUGUUUUUGUUGUUUUUUCUUUUAUGUACCUGGUUAACAAAGCUUGUG